CGGGUUCGGCCCGGUCGCGGGUCAAAAGUCCAAACGUGCCUGAGCCACCGCCAAGCAAAACCCUCGAUGAGUCCCUUCUUAACCCCCUGCUCACCUAUUCACAUCCACAGCGCGCUCUCUUUUUUGUCCCCCCGUUCUUCCAAGGAGGCCUUUCUUCCACCAAGGUACAGUUAGCUGGAACUUGAUGGGCCCUCCAAUAUUGGCUGUCGAUGCUAGAAGUUCUGCAGUUUCAUCAGAUGCAUCCUCAAGUAAGUUCCAUCACCCUAUAAUGGAGACAUCAAAGCCAUUUGCAUCAGUUACCAUGGGGGAACAAAAGCCAUUCAAUUUUUUUCGCGUAUUAUGUGAGGGUAUUAUAGCUGGAGGUACUGCUGGUGUUGUUGUCGAAGCAGUUUUAUAUCCAAUUGAUACAAUAAAGACUCGGCUUCAGGCUGCUCAUGGUGGAAGCAAAAUUCAUUGGAAAGGUCUAUACUCUGGAUUGGCUGGCAAUCUUGCUGGGGUUUUACCAGCAUCUGCUGUAUUUGUGGGUAUAUAUGAACCUACUAAGCGAAAAUUACUAGAGAUUUUUCCAGAAAAUCUUAGCGCCUUUGCUCAUCUGACUGCAGGUGCCAUUGGAGGAGCUGCUUCUUCACUUAUUCGUGUUCCAACAGAGGUAGUCAAACAAAGGCUGCAGACUGGGCAGUUUGCCUCUGCGCCUGAUGCUGUUCGUCUUAUCAUUGCUAAAGAAGGUUUUAGAGGUCUAUAUGCUGGAUACAGUUCCUUUCUGUUGCGAGAUCUACCAUUCGAUGCCAUCCAAUUUUGCAUAUAUGAGCAGCUUCGAAUUGGAUAUAAGAUUGCGGCAAGGAGAGAGUUAAAUGAUCCAGAGAAUGCUAUAAUUGGUGCUUUUGCUGGUGCAAUAACUGGAGCUAUAACUACGCCGCUUGAUGUAAUGAAGACAAGAUUGAUGGUUCAGGGCUCAGCAAACCAAUAUAAUGGGCUGCUUAAUUGUGCUCAGACUAUUAUCAGAGAAGAAGGUCCAACUGCUUUCCUGAAGGGUAUUGGACCAAGAGUUUUAUGGAUUGGUAUUGGCGGUUCAAUUUUCUUUGGUGUUCUAGAGAGGACAAAGCGGUUAGUCUCCCAGCAGGGUUCCGCUGGUGAUACAAAAUCUAAUCCAGUGAAACAGCAGUGAUGCCAAAAAAGGAUGUGCUUUUCCACAACCACAGUUCUGGAUGAUUAGGAUUUUCUUCCCUUUGGACAUGAUUUACUAUUUCAGUGGCAGGGAUGUUUAUGUGACAAAAUUGUUAUUUGUAUUAUUCAUUCAUGAAUAGAAAUGGUGCAAGAGCCGCAUGAUGCAUCUGAAUUUUGGAAACAGAUCUAAUUGGAUUAUUUAGA